AUGACCUUCGCACAAACUUUGCAGCCUGAGGAGGUCCGAAGUAUAUGCCGUUGUGCUAUCAGAUACGCCAAAGACCGAAAAGAUAUAAUGAACCAACUUCGAAACUGUCGACAGAACUUGAUCCAAGAAAGCGUCGAUCCUGGCACCCUGAGAAGGCACAUACGUGGUAUAGCGACAACUGAAACCCAAUUAAACUAUCGGAGAGAUGCACCGUCUGAGCUUCAAGAGCUAUACGUACCGGCAGUGCGAGAGGUUUUCCUAGAUGCCGAUGUCCACAUGGAGGCAAAGGAAAUCUGGGAGAAUAACGAGAUAGACGAAUGCUAUCUCAGAACCUGGCGCUGCAUCAAAAAUGCUCUGCUCGGGGUUGAUGAAAAGCUUAAAUGCUAUGGUUUUGUGUCGGCAGAAAAAUGGAAGAUGGUAGCAAUACUAGAGAUGCUUGUGGUCCAGGUCGGACGGUUAAGAGAAGCUCUGGUUGGUUUGGUUGUGGUGGAUAAGUUUGCUGAUGAGAUGGAUGAGAUUGCCAAGUGCAGGGGCAGCAAAUGGUCCAACAACCGUGAGCUCUGGUCCAUCUGGGACCAGCUUCAACAGAACCUGAAGUGUGGAUGCACGGCCUGCACACCUCUCGACCCCGAGAAUUGUGCAGAUCCUGUUUUCUAUUCCUUAUCUACCGUUGUCAGAUUGAAACAAAACCUUCACGAUGGCUUUUCUAUUGCACCUAUAGGGUAA